UACCUUCUCCCGUUAUGCUGCGGUUGGCUUGUCGAUGAGUUUUGCGACUGGAGAAGCAGGAAGAACAAUGGGGUGUUUGAACCGGAGAAUAGGUUGUAUCUCUGCAUACUUCCGCUGCUGAUUACCGGAGCCGGUUGCGUCUUGUUCGGGUAUGGAGUCGAGAGAACACUCCAUUGGACCUCAUUAUUCUUCGGCUACGGAAUGGUGUCAUUUGCGCUCACAGCAGUCCCCACGAUUACGAUGGCAUAUGUGUCAGAUUGUCUACUGCCAGUUAACUCGGAUGCUUUGAUGCUUGUCAACGGUACGUCUCUCACUUGCAUUCGGAUGAAAGAGGCUAACCAUGGUAUAGGGAGCAAAAAUAUUGUUGCUUUUGGAUUUCUUUACGGAAUCGUGCCAUGGGUUGAAGAGGUUGGCUAUGUCGAAUGCUUUGGAACUCAAGCAGGAAUCUAUGUUGCUAUUAUUGCAAUAGGAAUGGCGGUUUUAAUCCCAUUUGGCGUUAGAAUCAGACAUGCCCAGGCAAAAUGGAAGAUUAUCUUGUAA